AAAUAAAAAUCUUGCUGCAAGGAAAGAGUUGAAAAUGGUGACUUGUUGAAACUUGCAGGUAAAAACUAACAACAAAGUCAAUCAAUCAAUACAGUGGGUUUCAUUUGUUGAUAAUACAAAUAAGAAAUUGUGUCAAAGUAAAAUCGAGUCAUAAAAGAACAAGUAUGACGGGAAAGUUGAAGUGUGUGAUCGUGUCGGUUGAUGGCAAUGAAGAGAGUAUGAAUGCUUUGAAAUGGGCUCUUGAUAACAUCAAACUCAAACCCCAUGAUCCUGAUUCUCAAGAACCACAAGCUUCCUUUGUUAUCCUCCAUGUUCAAUCUCCACCGUCCAUUGCUGCUGGUAUUAAUCCCAGUGCUAUCCCUUUUGGUGGCCCCAGUAAUGUUGAGGUGCCUGCGUUUACUGCUGCGAUUGAGGCACAUCAAAAGCGGAUCACACAGGCUAUUUUUCACCAUGCUCUUGAGAUUUGCGCUAAGAAAAAUGCAAAUGUUAAGACCCAAGUAGUUAUUGGGGAUCCAAAGGAGAAAAUUUGUGAUGCUGUUGAAGAAAUGCAUGCUGAUUUGCUAGUGAUGGGUUCUCGUGCUUUUGGUCCCAUUAAAAGGAUGUUUCUGGGGAGUGUAAGCAACUAUUGCUCAAACCAUGCACCAUGCCCUGUUAUUAUUGUUAAGGAUCAUUCUUGAUGCGGUUUUCUAGGUUCGCACAUUCCAUCUUCUUUGGAUGAUCAGCCUUGAGCCGUAGCAAUGGGCUGCUUGUGAGAUGCAUGGAAUCUGUUUGCUCAAUCAAGUUUGUAGUCUGUAAACUGGAAUAAGCUUGAACUGGCUGUCUCUAUGCUGUAAAUCACGUGUGUUAUAGCAUUUAUUUUUAGAGGUGGAUCUUGGCUUGUGUAUUUCCACAUGUGCUGUUUGCCCUAUGCAGAUUUACAUCAUGUGAGAGUGCAAGAACUAUUUAAUUACCGUCAUCAGUGAAGAUUUGAAGAGUUUCAAGGAUGAUUAUUGAAUGUUAUCGUGUAAUGUAUUGAAAAAAUGGAGCUCGCAUUUUAUUGUAAUUACACUAAAGUGUCUUAACAAUUACUAGUUUCUAUAUUCAUUGUUCAUUGGAUUCUUGAAA